AUGAACAUCAACAUUUUAUUAAUAUGCACAGUGUUUUCACACAUUGAAGCAGAAAUUCAGAUGUUAAUUAACCCAGUGAAUUUGCCUGAAAACAUGCUUCCUGGGACUCAACUAAGUCGAGUUUAUGAUAAAGACUUGGCUGGAAAAGCAGAUGUCUAUAGCUUUCUGAAGAAAACAAAGAAUUUUAUCAUUGAUGCAAGUUCUGGUGUAAUCAUUUCUACCAAAACUUUUGAUUCUGAAACCAAUCCAGUAAGUUUUCUGCUGAUAGUGGAUACCAGAGGGCUCUCCAGAUGUGUUUUGACCAUUAAUAUUAUUGAUGUUCCCAAACCUUCAGACUGUACUGCUGAUCCUCAGUUUUCUUCAGGCACAGCUACCUUAGAAAUUGAUGAGGACUAUCCAUUAUUUCAGUCCAUUUACAGAGUGACGGCCACAGAUGAGGACUUUGCAAAUGGGAAUAGGCUGACGCACACCAUUGAGUCACAGUUAUCUGGGACAAAGAAAGGAAGAAAUUCUUUUGGAGUGGAUCCUGUAAGUGGUGUUAUUAGCUUGAGAGGUGAAGAUUCGUUGGACUUUGAUGCUGGGUAUCAUGUUUUCCAGCUUACACUGAGAGCAGCAGAUACAGCAGGUCUGUUCCAUCAAGGGACACUAAUUAUCGUGAUUAGAGACGUAAAUGAUGAGGAGCCUCAAUUUGAGCCAUUUCCUUUCAAUUCUAUUAAUGUGACUGAAAAGAAACCUGUUGGAGAAAUUAUAGCAAGAGUAAAAGCAACAGAUCCAGAUGAAGAUAGCAGCAUCACUUAUUCCUUUAAAACUCAGCAGGAAAUGUUUGGUUUGGACCCUUUUUGGUAAUGUUUCUUUUUAUUGGUCACAGGCAUAAUCACUCUUCUUCAAUCUUUGAAUCUUGACAACCUGCAUAAUUCCAAAAUCUACUCUUUGGAAAUUGAGGCCAGAGAUAGUGGAAAUAAUGUCCCCAGCACCUAUAUGUUUACAGUUUUCGUUGAGAAUGGAGAAGAUCCCAUUUUCUGUGAUCCAAGCUUUUCAAUAGGUGCAGGUGUUUCAGUGUCUGUUCCUGAAAAUGUUCCUGCAUCUGCUUCUAUAUAUAUGAUUCUAUCAAGAGAUCCAGAUCUAGGACAAGAAGCUGAUGAAUUUAAACUUAGUGAUUGCUGUGGAAAUAGGGAGAACCUGUCCCUGGAGUCCUGCACCAGCACCAUCAAUAUAAACAUCCAGAAUGUCAAUGACGAGAGUCCUGUUUUUAUAUACAUACCAGAUGCGCCUAUAAAUAUUUAUGAAAAUCUGCCUGUUAGAACAAAGCUGGUCAAGUUGACAGCAACUGAUAGAGAUGUAGGGGACUUGGUACAUUAUGAAUUUAUAGGUACACAAAAAGAAUUUUCUAUAAAUGAAGAUUCAGUAGAGGUUACAAUCACCUAUCCUUUGGAUUAUGAAGAUGUAGCCACGCCAUAGUCUUGGGUAUUAUAUUUUAGAGCAUACGACAAUGAGUGAAUGCAUUCAACAACUGGGACACUUACAGUGGUUCUACAAGAUGUAAAUGACAAUCCACCAAAAUGCUCCCAGGAUGUUUACAUCAUUGAACUUCCUGAAAACAUCCCUGCUGUAACUCUUUUCCUAUCUUUAACUUGUACAGAUAAGGAUAGAACUGUUCCCAAUAACUAUAUAACUUAUCAUUUGAUUACGUAUACUUUUAUAAGCAAAACCUUUACCCUCACAAACAAUGAACUGAAGAUUGGACCUACACAUCUAAAUUUUGAUAAUGCAAUUUUUGCAGGAAUGCACUUCAAAUAUAAAUUGUCUGUGAGAGUGUCUGACCAAGGAAAUCCUAUACUAUCGACAGUUAUUAAAAUCAUUGUAAGGAUGAGUCGCAUAAAUGAACUGAAUCCGGUUGGAAGUACAUCGUCAUUUACCCUCAGUGUAUUUGAAUAUACUCCAGUUGAUACACUCGUUGGAAAAAUUACAUUUACAGAUGCAGACUGGCCAUUUAAUAAUAUAAAAUAUACCAUUGUUGGAGGCAAUUUGGGAACACCUCCCAAAUUUUACAUUGAACCAGAUACAGGAAUGUUAAAGCUAUUGGAUUCACUAGAUAGGGAAACUGAAUCAUGGUACAAGAUAGCUGUGAGAAUAACCGACUUGGACAACAACGCUGUCCCUGACCCCCUCAGACAGAGAAGUAGUACUGCUCGGGUGACUAUCAAUGUACUAAAUAUGAAUGAUGAACCUCCUGUAUGCAAUCCACCACAUUCAGAAACUUGGAUUUAUUCCACUGUUAAGAUUCCUUUCAUUCAGCUCAACUGUUUGGACAAAGAUUCUCCACAGGAACAACUGAGCUAUUCAAUUGUAGGAGGAAAUACAAAUAACCACUUCACACUUCGGAGACUAGGUGUUGACCGUCCUUCUCUGGCCAUCAUGCAGAAUUUCCAGUAUGCUAUAUUUCAAGGGACUCAGGACCCUGUGACUUUCCAGAUACUUAUCGAAGUUACUGAUGAAUUAGGUGGUAAUAAAGCUAGUCAGCUGUCAUCCACUACAACAGUCAUAAUUCAUAUGCCGUCCUGGACCACAGCACAGCCAACUUCUUCCACAAAAAAAGCUACAACUACAAUUACUACUUGUGUCUUAAUGAAGAUUUUAUAUUAUUGAAGCUCUGCUAACUGGAUGCCUGCAGUGCUAACUCUAACAGGAGUUCUUUUUGUGAUGUGUCUCUACGCUGUUGUAUGGUGCCUCUUCAAAGAUGUUCCUGCCUGUUCAAGAUUAUUUCCCCACUGUCUCAAACAUCAGCAGAGCCAACCAAGUCUCACCCCCUCAGAGGCUGGGCAGGUACCAAGGCAUGGAAAAUUAUUGAAUAGUGAUCCCAGACCAAACACAAAGCCAAACUUGCUGCCUGGAAAUCAUCAGAUACCCACCCACUCCCAUGGUCACCAUCAAGACCUUAUCAUCAUCAAUAAUUGUAAUACUGUCAAAAAUCUAGGUUACAGGUAUUAUCUAGGACAAGAGCAGCAGCUUUCAAUUCAGUCCACCAUGUUGGUCGACACUGCAUUUGGUCCUCCAGAGUUACUGCUGGGGCAAGACUGCUGCUGCUGCCCUGUGGGUGCAUGGACACUGUCAGCUUCUAACUUAGGUGAAUCAUCAGGGAAUCAGGUCCAGGCCUUUGGGGGAACCUCUAUGAAACAAGAACUCUGUCAAGCCAGCAGCUUUUCUUCAGGCAGCAGAAUAAGAGAAUUUCCCCUAAAAGGGCAGCUGCUACACUUCCUGUCAAACCAAGAUGACACUAGGGCCAGGUCAGCUGUAUCAUUUGCAUUUGAUUAG